UAAGUAUUAUCGCCUCUUUGACCGGACCAAACAAAAUAUAUCCCUCGCCGAUCAAAAACCCUAGAAGUUUAGUUCUCGCCUCUUGUUUCUUAAGAUCGUGCCUGUGUUAUGUAGGUUUGAUUCGCUCUCUCCACUUUAAUCGUGAGAGGAGAAGAGAGGAAGGAGAUCACGUUUGUUCUGUUCUGUAUAACGGUUUGCUUCUCGUUGACCCGUAUCGAUUCUUUUUGUUUGGGCUGAAAGACAGAUUCUUUGUCGGAGAUGGCGAAUUCGUGUUUGAAAGGAGGUCGAUUCAGCGCACCAGGGUUCCGGUUUCACCCUACGGAUGAGGAGCUGGUGGUGUAUUAUCUGAAGAGGAAGAUCUGUGGGAGAAAGCUUAGGAUCAACGCCAUCGGUGUCGUUGAUGUCUACAAAGUGGAUCCUACCGAGUUGCCUGGUCUGUCGGUAUUGAAGUCUGGAGAUCGGCAGUGGUUCUACUUCACUCCAAGGAACAGGAAGUAUCCAAACGCAGCUAGGUCGAGUAGAGGCACUGCAACUGGGUAUUGGAAGGCUACAGGGAAGGAUAGAAUCAUAGUGUACAACUCAAGAUCGGUAGGACUCAAAAAGACUCUUGUUUUCUAUAGAGGUCGUGCACCUAAUGGUGAGCGUACUGACUGGGUGAUGCACGAGUACACCAUGGAUGAAGAAGAACUCGGCAGAUGUAAGAACGCCAAGGAGUAUUAUGCUCUUUAUAAGCUGUACAAGAAAAGUGGGGCUGGUCCCAAGAACGGUGAAGAGUAUGGUGCUCCGUUCCAAGAAGAAGAAUGGGUCGAUGAUGAUGAUGAUGAUGAUGAUGAUGAUAGAGAAGAUGCAGAUAAUGUUACUGUGCCGGAUGAUCAUGUGGUCCGUUACGAGAAUAACCCUCGUGUGGAUGAUGGUGUUUUUUGCAAUCCUGUCGAUGUUCGGUCAGAUGAUUUCAACAAGCUUCUCAACGAGAUCCCAUAUGCACCAGGGCUUGCUCCAAGACAAAUGAACGACCUUUCUGGUGUUAUGCAGGUUAAUAACGAAGAAGAGAUACAGAGCACGUUGCUGAAUAAUUCUUCUGGUGAGUUUCUUGCCCCCUCGGAAGUCGGAAUGUUCUUGCCAAAUUACCAGCCAAACAGCAUGCACUCGAGCUAUCAGUCCCAUGCAGCAAACUCAUUUGAUGCUACUGAGGUCAAGUCAGCUUUUAAUGCAUCUGGUAUGGCACCUUUUCUGUUUGAGAAGGAGGAUUACAUUGAAAUGGAUGAUCUUCUCACCCCUGAACAAGGAGCUGCUUCAGUUGAGAAGCCUGCACAGUUCUUGAACCCCGGUGAAUAUGAACACUUUAAUGACUAUGACCAAUUGUUCCAUGACGUCUCCAUGUCUUUCGAUUUAGAACCUGUGUUUCAGGGAACUUCCGCAGAUCUGACUUCUCUGAGUAAUUUUGCUAACGACGGAAGGCAGCACUUCCUUUAUCAACAACAGUUUCAGAACCAGACCCUUGAGAGUCAGGCCAACAUCUUCAUGGAUCCUAACCCAAAUGUCAAUCAAUUUAUUGACGAUAUGUGGUUUAAAGAUGCUCAGGCUGAUCUCUAUGAUCAAACACAAUCUUCUUCUCUAGCGUUUGCUUCACCUUCAUCAGGUGUGAUGCCUGAAUCCAAGAACCCUGUUAUGAGUGUUAAUGCCCAAGAGCAGGAAUGCCAAAAUGGUAGUGAAACAAGGACUCAGUUCUCCUCAGCUAUGUGGGCCUUGCUGGAAUCAAUACCUUCAACACCAGCCUCUGCCUGUGAGGGUCCACUUAAUAGGACCUUUGUGCGUAUGUCUAGCUUGAGCCGAAUCAGGUUCAAUGCGACGUCAGUGACUACUAGCAAAGUUACCGCAGCAAAGAAGGGUAUCGGAAACAGAGGUUUUCUUCUCUUAUCAGUUGUGGGUGCUUUGUGUGCCAUCUUCUGGGUGUUCAUCAUAGCUACAGUUGGAGUCCAGGGGAGACAUCGUGACCUAAACUUAAGUUAGAAGAAAACAUGAUGCGCAUUUAGUGGUCAUGGAGUUGACGUAUGAUUGAGUCUUUGAUUAUGUAUAGAGUUUGAAAGAGUUGCGAAAAAUAACUCUUAACUAAAGGGUUUCUUCUCUUCUUCCUUAUUUAUGCUGAAUCACAAAUUAAUCAUAAUAUGUAGCGUAGCUUCAUUAGAUGCAUAAUAAGAAAAGUCAUUUUUGCAUUCGAAA